CACCAAAAAUGUAUAGUUAUGGGGAGUGAGGUGGUUGGUCAGAAGUACAACCAACCCGCCGCAUAAAAAUCUAAUUAUCGCCGCUUUCGAUUUCGAAUUCCAAAGUUCUUACAAAUCUCCGGUCUGUCUGUCUCGCUUCUCGAAGUCUUACUUCCCCUUAAUUCCUUCUUCGUUCUCGCGGUGCCAGUCUCUAAGAGCCAACAGAUAAAACCAAUAUUCACUUCCCCAAUAUUCACAGUUUCUAAAAAUGGAGUCAAGAAAGCAGCCGCUGAUUAUUACAGACAAAACUCAAAUGAGAAAUUGGUCUAGGUCCGCGAGAUCUCAAGGCAAGACCAUAGCCCUUGUACCCACUAUGGGUUACCUCCAUCAAGGUCACUUAUCACUCGUCAAAGAAGCUCACAAUCACGCCAAUUUAAUUGUAGUAUCAAUCUAUGUAAAUCCAGGUCAGUUCUCUCCCUCUGAGGAUCUCUCCACAUACCCAUCUGAUUUUCAUGGCGAUAUCCUCAAGCUCGUGACAAUCCCUGGUGGUGUGGAUGUUGUUUUCCAUCCCCAUAAUCUUUACGACUAUAGAACUGAUAAUGAAAACAAGAAUUACAGUGUUGAUUGUAGUAAUAGUUGCAAGAAUUUAGAGGGUGAAGGUGUGGUAUCGUGUGUGGAGGAAAAGGGGACGGGACAUGAGACAUGGGUGAGAGUGGAGAGAUUAGAGAAGGGUCUGUGUGGGAAGAGUAGGCCGGUGUUCUUUAGAGGAGUUGCUACUAUUGUCACCAAGUUGUUUAAUAUAGUGGAGCCUGAUUUUGCUGUGUUUGGGAAGAAGGAUUACCAGCAGUGGAGAAUUAUUCAGCGAAUGGUUCGUGAUCUUGAUUUUUCAAUAAGAAUAAUAGGUUCUGAAGUAAUGCGUGAAACUGAUGGUCUUGCAAUGAGUUCGCGAAAUGUGCAUCUUUCUGCUGAAGAAAGGGAAAAGGCUUUGUCUAUAAACAGAUCAUUGUUGAAAGCUAAAUCAUGUGCAGAAAAGGGCCAAAGAAAUUGUAGAGAGUUAAGAAACUUGGUCAUCCAAGCAAUAGAUGAAGCUGGAGGAAAAGUUGAUUAUGCUGAGAUUGUAGACCAAGAAAGUUUGGAGGCUGCAGAAGAGAUUAAGAGCCCUGUUGUAUUCUGUGUUGCUGCCUGGUUUGGGAAAGUCAGGCUGAUAGAUAAUGUUGAAAUCAACAUGUGAUGAUUCUUUAUGAUUCCAACUCAAGACAAGCAGCAUGAAAUUUCUAUUCUUGUUAAUUGUCCACAAGUGACUCAAGAAACUAUUCCUGGCAAUGAGGGGAUUUACUAGAUUUAGUAAAAGAAAUAGGGAGUAGAUUAGAUUC